CAAUGAAGCUGCUUGUGAGGGAGUGGGUCGCUGUUGUUGCGGUGCCUGACUGCCUCACCUUCCCCCAUCCGCGAGACCAGUGCACAACUGUGUACAUCAUUUUAGCGUAAUGGCAAAUGAAUCUUUUGGAAAUGAGGGAGGUACCGGUUCGAGAAACUCAAGAAAUACAAAUUUCACAUCAUCUGUGGAUCUCAGCACGUCCUUAGAUUCAAGUGUUCAGACUCGAAUAUUUAAAAUAAUUGUAAUCGGGGAUUCAAAUGUAGGGAAGACCUGCUUAACCUUCCGCUUCACCGGGGGAAGCUUUCCCGAGAAGACGGAGGCGACAAUCGGUGUGGAUUUCAGGGAGAAAGCAGUGGAAAUAGAGGGCGAAAAAAUAAAGGUUCAGGUGUGGGACACUGCAGGACAGGAGCGCUUCAGAAAGAGCAUGGUAGAACACUACUACCGCAAUGUGCACGCUGUCGUUUUCGUUUACGACGUCACCAAGAUGGCCUCAUUCCAGAACCUGAAGACGUGGAUCCAGGAGUGCAACGGGCACCGUGUCUCACCCACUGUGCCUCGGGUACUGGUGGGUAACAAGUGUGACCUGGUUAGUCAUAUCCAAGUACCCUCCAACACUGCCCUCAAGUUUGCAGAUGCCCACAACAUGCUGCUGUUUGAGACCUCGGCGAAGGACCCCAAGGAGAGCCAAAAUGUGGACUCCAUUUUCAUGUGCCUGGCAUGUCGGCUGAAAGCCCAGAAGUCCCUGCUGUACAGGGAUGUUGAGAGGGAGGAUGGAAGGGUUAGGCUUUCACAAGAGACAGAUGUUAAUAAGAGUAACUGCCCUUGUUGAGGCUCCUCCACUCUGCAAUGAUUAUAUCUCCUUUUAAUACUGCUGUGACUUGAAUUGAACAAUUUAACAUAAACAACAUAAGGCGAAGAUACUGUUCUAAUGUUAACAUUUCUUGAAAGAAUGUGCCUGCAGUUAUUUAAGUUUUUCUUCUUAAAAAUUAUAAUAGUGUUUUGCUGUCUGUCUGUCUGUCUGUCUGUCUGUCUGUCUGUCUGUCUGUCUGUCUGUCUGUCUGUCUGUCUGUCUGUCUGACCCUCUCUUGUUUUACUUUCUUUCCUUGAUAUGUUAUCAUUAUCACAUUCUGUAAUAAUGGCCUUAAGUCAAGAGAGGUCAUCCAGUGGUGUUUGUAAAGUAUGUUAAUUUAUUUUGUAUUUGAGUUGUACAUGACUGCUGUCAGUAUUAUCAUGUAUGUACAUGACUGCUGUCAGUAUUAUCAUGUAUGUACAUGACUGCUGUCGGUAUUAUCAUGUAUGUACAUGACUGCUGUCAGUAUUAUCAUGUAUGUACAUGACUGCUGUCGGUAUUAUCAUGUAUGUACAUGACUGCUGUCAGUAUUAUCAUGUAUGUACAUGACUGCUGUCGGUAUUAUCAUGUAUGUACAUGACUGCUGUCGGUAUUAUCAUGUAUGUACAUGACUGCUGUCGGUAUUAUCAUGUAUGUACAUGACUGCUGUCGGUAUUAUCAUGUAUGUACAUGACUGCUGUCGGUAUUAUCAUGUAUGUACAUGACUGCUGUCGGUAUUAUCAUGUAUGUACAUGACUGCUGUCGGUAUUAUCAUGUAUGUACAUGACUGCUGUCGGUAUUAUCAUGUAUGUACAUGACUGCUGUCGGUAUUAUCAUGUAUGUACAUGACUGCUGUCGGUAUUAUCAUGUAUGUACAUGACUGCUGUCGGUAUUAUCAUGUAUGUACAUGACUGCUGUCAGUAUUAUCAUGUAUGUACAUGACUGCUGUCGGUAUUAUCAUGUAUGUACAUGACUGCUGUCGGUAUUAUCAUGUAUGUACAUGACUGCUGUCGGUAUUAUCAUGUAUGUACAUGACUGCUGUCGGUAUUAUCAUGUAUGUACAUGACUGCUGUCGGUAUUAUCAUGUAUGUACAUGACUGCUGUCAGUAUUAUCAUGUAUGUACAUGACUGCUGUCGGUAUUAUCAUGUAUGUACAUGACUGCUGUCGGUAUUAUCAUGUCUGUACAUGACUGCUGUCGGUAUUAUCAUGUAUGUACAUGACUGCUGUCGGUAUUAUCAUGUAUGUACAUGACUGCUGUCGGUAUUAUCAUGUAUGUGCAUGACUGCUGUCAGAAUUAUAAUGUCUGUACAUGACUGCUGUCGGUAAUAUCAUUUAUAUACAUGACUGCUGUCGGUAUUAUCAUUUAUGUACAUGACUGCUGUCGGUAUUAUCAUGUCUGUACAUGACUGCUGUCAGUAUUAUCAUGUAUGUACAUGACUGCUGUCAGUAUUAUCAUGUAUGUACAUGACUGCUGUCGGUAUUAUCAUGUAUGUACAUGUCUGCUGUCAGUAUUAUCAUGUCUGUACAUGACUGCUGUCAGUAUUAUCAUGUAUGUACAUGACUGCUGUCAGUAUUAUCAUGUAUGUACAUGACUGCUGUCAGUAUUAUCAUGUAUGUACAUGACUGCUGUCGGUAUUAUCAUGUCUGUACAUGUCUGCUGUCAGUAUUAUUGUUUCAUGCAAUAUACUUGUGUGUAACAUGAUUGUCACAAUCUCACAAAGGGACUUUCAUAAAGACUAUUUGGGCUUCACACUGACGUACUGUAUAUGUGCUGCAAUCGUUUUACAUUUGUUGAGUAUAUUGUUUGUUUUUUAACUAUAUUUUAAGACAUAUCCACUAAUAAUCCUUCACAUUGAAUUGUCAUAACCAUAAUGCAGAGGAUGGGGAGGCAACGAUGCUAGUUAGCCCAAUACCCUUCCCCCGCCCAACCAGGGGUUUCUCUGGCUUCAGGUCUGCUAUUUCUGCUUUCUGUUUUCCCUCCAUUGAUCAUCAUCAUGUUUCUGAUCGUCAUCAAAACAUCCAAUUUGUGACUGUUUCCUGUCUUUGCCUCAAAAUUAAAUAUUCAACAAAUA